UAAUGAUCACAAUCAUUGAGAUAAGAUUGAUCCAUGCACUCAAUUACAUGCUCUAUUCUAUAUCAACACUUGUCCAGCAUCCAUCAUAUGGAACACGUGUAGCGAGGGCCUGUUGUUGAUCAGUCUUCUGUCUCUGAAUAAACUCUAAAAUGCGCCGCCAGCAAGGAAGCAAGCAGGGAGGGAAGCCAAGCGCGUGCUAGAAGCCUAGCUUGUUUGUUUAGCCCAAGCAUUUCUUCCAGGCUCUGUGAGACCAACAACAGCCAGCCCGCGAAGGAAGAGCCACGUAUGUAGGCUAAAAUGCAUGGACGGACGUGUGCUUUACUCUCAAUCAAACAGAUUGCACACGACGGGAAAGUAUCUUCUUCCUCUCUUCACAUCAGACCAUCUUUAACCCGCUUCACCCUCCUUCUUUUGACAAGAUGAAUGUCGACGAUGUGGAAGAUCGCGAUGGAGUUCGCCUUUCUUGGAACGUUUGGCCAGCAACAAAAGCUGAAGCAACACGUACUGUCGUUCCAAUCUCUGCCUUGUAUACACCAAUGAAAGAGAGCGAAGAAAGAGCUUCAUUACCACCUGUUGCUUAUGAACCCGUAACAUGCAAACCUCCUUGUCGUGCUGUCUUGAAUCCGUAUUGUCAAAUUGAUAUGCGAGGUAAACUGUGGAUCUGUCCAUUCUGUCUUUCAAGAAACGCUUUACCUCCCCAUUAUCGUGAUAUUAGCAAUACAAAUUUACCACCAGAAGUAUUGCCAAAAUACACAACAAUCGAUUACAUCCUCAGCAGGCCUGCACCAGUUCCACCAAUCUUCUUGUACGUCGUUGACACUUGUGUCGAAGAGGAUGAUUUGAAAGCAUUGAGGGAAUCAUUGGUGCUUAGUUUGAGCCUGCUGCCUCCCAAUGCUCUGGUUGGUUUGAUCACUUUCGGUACUAUGGCUCAAGUGCAUGAAAUCGGCUAUGACGCCUGCCCAAAGAGUUAUGUCUUCCGUGGUACAAAAGAAUACGCACCAAAGUCCAUUCAAGACAUGCUUGGCUUAUCAGGAGGCAAUGUUGUUCGUCCACCAGCUCAAGGCGCCGGCGGUCCUUCCAGCGGUCAAGCGCCAAGACCUCAACAAGGCUCAUUCGGUGCAAGCAGAUUCUUGUUGCCCGUCAGUCAAUGUGAAUAUCAAUUGACAAGUAUCUUGGAACAGUUGCAAAAAGAUCCUUGGCCUGUAGCAAAUGACAAACGUUCUCAAAGAUGCACUGGUACAGCACUCAGCGUUGCAGUGGGUAUGUUGGAGACCAUGUACUUGAACACAGGUGCAAGGAUCAUGCUCUUCUGUGGUGGUCCAGGUACCGAAGGUCCGGGUAAUGUCGUUUCGACUGAACUACGUGAUCGUCUACGUUCUCACAAUGACAUUGACAAGGACGCUGCCCGUCACUACAAGCGUGCUCUCAAGUUCUACGAAUCUUUGGCACGUCGUUCGGCCAACAAUGGUCAUGCAAUUGACAUCUUUAUUGGUUGCUUAGAUCAAGUCGGUUUGCUCGAAAUGAAGUCAUUGGCCAAUUACACAAACGGAUACAUGAUUCAAGCCGAUUCUUUCCAAAUGGGUAUUUUCAAGGAAAGCUUCAAGCGCAUCUUUAACAAGGAUGAAAAGGGAGAUCUCAACAUGGGUUUCAAUGCUACUUUGGAUAUCCAAUGUACCAAGGAGCUCAAGGUUAGCGGUUUGAUCGGUCAUGCAAUCUCGUCCAACAAAAAGUCUGGAUCGGUGGGUGAGACUGAGAUCGGUAUUGGUGGUACAUCUGCAUGGAAGUUGUGCAGUAUCACACCGCGAACUUCGAUCGGAGCGUACUUUGAAGUGGUCACACCUGCAGGCCAGCCAUUGCAACCUGGUUCGCGUGGUUUGAUUCAAUUUGUCACCCAUUACCAACACGCCAAUGGAUCAUACCGCUUACGUGUUACCACCGUUGCCAGAAGCUUUGGUGAGAGUGGAUCGCCUCAAAUUACAGCAUCCUUUGAUCAAGAAGCAGCGGCAGUCCUUAUGGCGCGUAUUGCCGUCUUCAAGGCUGAAGUUGAUGAUUCACCGGAUGUCUUACGCUGGUUGGAUCGUAUGUUGAUCCGACUUUGUCAAAAGCAUGCCGAUCAUCGAGGAGAUCCCUCUUCCUUCCGCUUGCCUGAAGUCCUUUCAAUUUAUCCGCAAUUCAUGUUCCACCUUCGUCGUUCGGCAUUCAUGCAAGUGUUUAACAGCAGUCCAGAUGAAACGGCAUACUACCGACAUGUGCUGAACGCAGAGGAUGUGAACAAUAGUUUGAUCAUGAUCCAACCUACUUUGAUGUCUUAUGGUGUCGGAGAAGAACCUGUUCCAGUGUUAUUGGAUUCGGUUUCGAUUCAAGAUGAUAAGAGAUUAUUACUCGAUACCUAUUUCCAUGUAUUGAUUUGGUCAGGUUCAACGGUUGCUGCUUGGCGUGAUGCAAAAUAUCAAGAUCAAGAAGGAUACGAAGGAUUCAAAGAACAAUUGGAAGCACCCGAAAGGGAUGCACAAGAUUUGCUAGAAGAUCGUUUACCAGUACCACGUUUUGUUUUGUGUGAUGCAGGUGGUUCUCAAGCACGUUUCUUGUUGAGUAAAUUGAACCCAAGUACAACGCAUAUGUCGGGUGGUAUGUAUGGCUCUGGAGGUGCAGGAGCUGCGAUCUUUACGGAUGAUGUUAGCUUGCAAGUAUUCUUGGAACACUUGAAACGCCUGGCAACGGGAUCUCAGACGACUUAGAGAUGAAUGAUGAUGUAUGUUAUCCUUUCUUGUUUUUUAAAAUCUUCAAUACCAUAUUAUUUUCCUCAAUCUUUGCGUCUUGUACUCCUGUAAAGAGCGUAGGCAUCCUGAGCUGUUGCUGCUCGGGGCUAUGCUUAAAGGUGCCCAACCGCGCAAUAAAGCAAGAGCAGCAUACGCAAGCACGCACGCUUGCACGCCCAGCCCAGCGCAAAAGGCUCCACUUUGUUUACCGACUGUG